CUUUGUUUUGCAGUGGUUUGUUGAUUGACAGUCACACCAAGUUUGGCUGACAAGAACCCGACUAUCAGCUAAGGUGGGCAGUGUUUUGUAUCCUGUGAGCAAAUUAUCGUUGCAAUCCCUUGACUUGUAUCAUACCAGCAUUUAGUUUGCUUGGCAAACUGCAUUGUCUUGUGCUAUUGCUGUAAUCGCUUCAAUUGGAGUUUUAUCUAUUUCGUGCGUGUCCUGUUUUUGUUGACUUUGUGUCCCAAGUUUUUCUUUUCUCUUUUCCUAGUUUUGUCAUUGCAGCGACAGUGUUGUUCAUGAAGAUUUUGUAGUGACAAUCGCCAAAGGCUCGACUUCGUAAGCAUUGUCUUGGUUUUUCUAGUGUGAUGCGGGCUCUCGGAUUUGUUUCAGGAAAAUCCUUGAUGAUAAGUUUUGGGUGGAGAUGAUGGUAUCCUCGUUUAUGAGGUGAUUUGACAAAAACAAACAGUCUUUGGUCUUACACGACUGCUACCAAAAUCUCCGCGUUGUCAAGAACAGAUCUUAGCUCAACUCAUCACGAGAAAUGGUAAACAAAACUAGCGUUUUUUCUUUUCUGGAAUUUUGCCGCUCUCACAGCUCCACAUUCUAACGAGCUUUUGCAAUCCCUUGGGUGGAGAGGAACUAAUCCUCCUUUGUGAGGUGAUUCUCUAAUGCUACUCCAUUUCACUCUUUCUUUCCAGUCUUUGGUCUUACACGACUGCUACCAAAAUCUCCGCGUUGUCAAGAACAGAUCUUAGCUCAACUCAUCACGAGAAAUGGAUAAGUUUUGGGCGGAGAGGAACUUAUCCUCGUUUGUACGAGAUUUGACAAGAACAAACAGUCUCUGAUCUUACACGACUGCUCCGCGUUGUCAAGGACAGAUCUUAGCUCAACUCAUCACGAGAAAUGGAGAUCACUGGGGAAACUCCCAUUAGUUUGGAGCUUCUCUCCAAUCUUAACGAAUUUUAACGCUCCAAGACUACCGUUGUGUGGCGUUUUUGCUUGACCGGAUUCGAACCGGCGACUCUUUAAUGUCAAUAGAGGCCAACGGCUCCUUCUCGGCUGGCCUGGUCUACACGGUGGAAGCUCGUAAGAUACGAGGGUUUCUUGGUUUUUCUAGAAGAGAGCUUUCUCUCGCCAAUCUUCCUAGAUCUCUGGAGGAGCUCAUUCAUCGCGCGUGCCAGCGACCGAUUCAACGCUGCUGUCAAGGCGGCUUGCGGCUUAGGGUUUUCGAUGAUCGAUGCGGGGCGGGAGAUAGAUUUCGCCUCGCCAAGGGGUUUCUAGCAGGGAUUGAUGGACAGGGACAGGGUCUGGGCGAUAUUUCUCGUCGCCGUGGUUCUAUCGAUCGCUCACGCGGCAGCGGCUUCGAUCGGCAAAGGAUGUGAUGCUAGAGCAGUGAAUUGCGAGGCCACGGUUGCCGAGGGAGUUUCGCUGCGCUGGAAUUUCCUAAGAACAGUCGAGGUCAAUCGAAGGCUCAAAGUCCCAUUCAUUAGAUGGCCUUUCGGAGAAGACGAUGCGGUCUCGCCAGCUCCAGCUCCAUCCCCAAGUGGUGACGGCUUAGACGAAGCCAGCAUUCCAGGCCGUGUACCUCCGUCGGCUCCAGCUAUGCCAGGUACUCGAUCGUUCUCACAGGCAAGUCCUCCCAACUCUGUGACAAGCCUCGCAAGCUCGUCCAGCCCUUCGCGUGCUACGGCAGUGGCCGUGGCAGUUCCCAUUACGGUGGUGGCUACGUUGAUCGUGGUGGGAGUUUUGUUCUUCUGCUACCGCAAGUUUAGAACGCCCAAGCUGGUCCCGGAUGAGAACAGCCACAGCAACGAGAAGGACGUGAAUCCGCUGAUCCCACCAAAGGGUCUGUACUGGAGCGAGAAUUCGGACGAGGGAGCUCGUCGGCCACCUCCGCAUCACCGGCUUCCUCCAGUUCCGUCGCAGGGAAAUCAGUUUGAUGCUUCCGGACUGUCCACGCCUACGUCGGUGUCGGUGCUACGUGCUUCACACUCGGUUCCACCAGCGAAGACAGCGGUCCUUCCGCCACCUCCGUCUCACUAUCGCCCGAAAGCUGGAACUCGGUUUUCUAGAGACUAUGAUCUGGAUCAACCCGGGGAACGAGAGCAAGCCGGUGCUCGAUCUAAUUCGAGAUACAGUGAUUUGGCAGACGAAGAAGGGACUACGGCUGGUGUUUCGAAAGCGGAGCAAGCAAUGCACGCAUUGCCGGCUCAAGUAUCAAACAGGCGAUCGUCUGCUGCUAGAUACGAUCAAGUGACAAAAAGCCGGGAAGGAAUGCAGGCUUUCUUACCGCCGGCGGCGCCUCCUCCUCCUCUACCCGUGCCGCCACCACGAGGACCUCCGCCAGGACCGUCACCUCCGCCUCCACCACCACCGGGGCCGCUACAACCACGUCCAGGGCCUCCACGUCCAGCACCACCGCCGCCACCUCCACCACCUCCGCCGCCACCUCCACCGGGUCCAAGGCCUCCGGGGCCGCCACCACCACCCGGUCCGCCGCCGCCGCCAGGUUUGAGAGGCCCUCCACCGCCUCCAGGUCCGCCAGGUGCGCCGCCUCCUGGCCCUCCUGCAUUUGGCAAGCCAAAGCUUACGGUUGGGACAUCCUCACCUUCAGAGGCCAAGACAGCUCAGAAGUUGAAACCACUUUUCUGGGACAAGAUCAAGGCCAAUCCAGAUCACUCCAUGGUGUGGAACAACAUCAGUGGCUCGUUUGAAGUUGACGAAGAGAUGAUGGAGUCUCUGUUUGGCCUCGCUGCACCGCCUGCUGGUGGCAAGCUGGCAGGAGCUUCUCGUGCGCCGGCUCAACCAAAGAAAGAACAGCUUAUUGACGCAAGGAAAGCUCAUACCAUGGCAAUUCAGCUUCGUGCUCUAGGAUUAAGAAAAGAAGAAGUAAAAGACGCAUUGUUGGAAGGUGACGGCCUUUCUGUCGAAUCACUGGAGGCAUUGACGAAGAUGGCACCCACCGAUGAAGAGGAACGCAGGUUGCGGAAUUUCAAGGGAAACUUUGCCGAAUUGACCUUGGCGGAGCAAUUCCUUUUGCGCAUUAUUGAAGUUCCUUUCGCAUUCCAACGGCUUCAAAGUAUGCUGUUCAAAGAGCAGUUUGAGGACGAGCUCUUGCAAGUCGAGGAUUCUCUAAAGAUUUUCAAGACUGCAUGCGUUGAGCUCAAAGGCAGCCCGUCCUUGAAGAAGCUACUACAAGUCGUCCUGAGAAUUGGCAACCGGAUGAACGUGGGAACUUUCAGGGGCGAUGCCCAGGCUUUCAAGCUCAACUCGCUCCUGAAGCUCUCGGACGUCAAAAGCGUCGAUGGCAAGACCUCAUUACUCCAUUUCAUCGUCCAGGAGGUAGUCCGGGCGGAGAACGCACAGGCCCGCAAGUCUCCCACCGCGCAAAGCCCGGCUCGCACAUCCUCCUUCAUGCUCGACAACAAACAGGUGGAGCUCGACAAAGCCGGGCGACAGGACAUGCAAGACGACUUGAAACAGAUUGGCACGCAAGUCAUCCUGGGGAUCAACGCGGAGCUGGAGAACGUCCGGAAGGCAGAUGGGCAGGAUUUCGACACGCUCAAGAACUCCGUGUUCAAGCUGGUUACUGGGCUCCAAAGCCUCGAGAAGAGCCUGGCGGCGUUGCGAGGCACGGCACCAUCGUCGCGGGAGAAGGGAGAGGAGGAAGAGGAGGAGGACGUGUUCCUGGACGUGAUGACCAAGUUUAUGUCACGGUCCGUGAGCAGCGUGGAGAGGGUCAAGCAGGAGUAUGACACGGUGCUGGUGGCGGUGAAGAAGCUCAACGUCUACUUCGAUGGCGAUGCCAAGAAGGACGACGCCACCGCGUUCCAGAUCUUCCACAUCGUCAGCCAGUUCAUCAUGAUGCUGGAGCGAGCGUGCGCGGACACAUUCGGCAAGAAGAAAUGAGCGAGCCAAGCAAGAUCAUCGAUAUCUUUCUUCGAGCGAGCCCAGCAAGGUCAUCUAUAGGUUUCUUCGCGCCGAGCAAGAUCAUCUAUAUCUUUCUUCGUACGGUGGAAGCUUGGGAUCGCUUCCGAGCGAGCGAAGAGGAUCGACGAAACCACCAUCGACGUGAUCACCCGAUCCUUGAGGACAAACUCUCGUCAUUCUCGCCUGAUUCAUUUGAAGAUCACCCAAGAACCACUGGUCAA